AUGGGGAUUAUAUUGGGCCUGACCUUGAGCCCCAGCUACUGGGCUCUGGCCCACUCCGCCAUCGUUCUCUCUCUUCACUUGCCGCGCCACUGCCUCCACCGCCCUCCCUCCGCCGUCGCCGACGCCGACGCCCGCUUCUUCAAUUCCUCAGUCCCCGCCUUUCACGUGCGCACUUCACUAGUUGGUUGA